CCAGGGCGAAGAAGAGGAGCCACUGGUACCUGCCGAAUUCUCCCGCCAGGGGCAGGACGUCAUCGAAGUCAACGUGGUAGUCGUCCAUUGCGGAUUAUAAGCAAGAUUAGAGCCAGUCAGGUUGGAAGUCAAGGGCUGAUGCUUUAAUCAGAUGAUUUUUGGAAGUUAGUGAAACGAUUGACUUCUAAGAAGACAGACAGACCAGGCCAUGUCUUUUCACCUGCCUUUUACAGUAGUCCUGCUUUUCCUCGUAAUCCCACUGCUGGAAAAAUCUUUACAGCAGAAAGCGACUUAUGUCAAGGAUAUUUCGGCAGAAAUGAUCACGACUGAGAAUCUGCAGAAGCCCGAGUUCGUAGUUCGUGCUGUCGUAGACCCAGCAACGGGAAGGAAGUUCUUCAGAGGCUUCGUCAUUGCAGAGAAAUCGCCAAACUCGAGGUCCACAACUCCCGUCACUCACAGAAGACAGACUGCAAAAUCAAAUUCAGCAGGGUCACCGAAACUAAAACCAGAGACGACAGUGCCAGCGCUCUUCAGUGAAGUUUCUUUGAUUACAGAAUAUACAGACAGAGUCUCCGAAAAGGAAAAUGUCCAUCAUGCAGGAAACGCCAUUGCUCUUAGGAAGCUCUCGUCUGUAGAAAUAAAAACUGUCUUGCCUAGAAGCUUUGGUUUGUUGCAAUACGAAACGGAAGACAGGCGAUUGGUACGCGCCAGAAGAGAGGCAGAAAUUCCAGUAGUUGCUGAACCUAGCGGAGAAGAAUUCUUAGCUCCUGGAAGAAGCUCGCAAAAUUUCAUGCAGACUCAAUUAAAAGUUCCAGAACUAAAGAGUCAAUUAGAUGAGAAACUGUCUAUACCAAAUAAAUCAAACCAGAUCACACAAACCAUUACAAUUGUGGCAGAGCAAGUGACUGAGAAUGAUUCAUUGCCAUUUUCAGCAAACCAGACGACCAUGAGCAAACCAGUGUUAAACCAACUAAACCAAAAUAAUGCCACGAUAGUAAACCAAAUGCCCCAGACGGAAUCAAUGGUAACGAAGCAAAUGAACCAAACUAAGGCACUCAUAACAAACCGAAUGACGCAAACCAGCGCAAAGAAAACGGAUUCAGUGAGGGCGGACCAAAUGACCCAGGCAGCUAAUCUAGUGAUAAGAAACCCAAUUGGUCAGACUGACUCUCUGACUAGAUUGCUCUUGAGGGUCAUCGAGAAGGAGUUCAAGGACUGCGAGUUGGUCCUCUGGUACGGACGAAAUUCAACGAAUCAAGAGGCCCUGCUGAGACUUGCUGUACUGGCCCAACAAAAGCAAAUUUUGCAAAUGGACUCCCAAUGGAAUUUUGCUUCCAUGACCUGGACGUCGCCCCAGUGUAGGGGAUACAUUUUCCUGUGGCCGGAUCUCCUUCGUCUCCGGACUUUUCUGGACACCUAUCUUAACUCGUGGGACUACGGUGGAAAAUACAUCUUCGCAGGACUUUCUCUCGCAGACUUGGAGGUCAUCGUGUCUUCCGAAAAAGGGAAGAAAACGGAACACAUCGUUGGGUUGGUGAAGUCGGAACGCGGAGACUCGUGGCGGGCGUAUAUGAACCAGCUCUACAAGCAGCCGAAUAUCGUCCGAGUGAACACCUGGAUGGGAAACGGCUUCUCGGCUCGAAACGGUCUCUUUCCGGACAAGACCUUCGACCUGACGGAUGUCACAUUGACGGCUUGCAUCUUCCCCUGGCCACCCAGUGUGAUGUAUUAUACGGACGAAAGCGGAAAAACUCUCUUCCGUUACGGAUUGGAUAUUGCCGUCAUCGAAGCGCUCGCUGGCGCCAUGAACUUCAGCGUCAACUACGUCGAACCUCCAGAAGGUGAACGGUGGGGCGAAGCCGCAGCCGACGGUUCCGUCACGGGUAUGAUCGGCAUCGUCAGCCGGAAUGAGGCUGAUAUAGGUGUCGGGACUCUCUUCAUUUCCAUUUCGCGAGAGGAUUAUAUCGACUACACAGACCCCUUUACCUCAGAGGGAGACCCCUUUGACUUCAUUAGGAGAGAGAGAGAGAGCGAGAGAAGAAGGCAGUUAGGACUCGAACGCUCCCCUCCAGUAAAGAGAUUGACAUUCCCUCUCCGAACCCAGCCCAGCUGCGCGCUUCUACCUCAGGAGAAACCUCUACCCAGUUGGCAGGCCAUCGCCUUCCCAUUCCAGGCCUGGACGUGGUUUUCCAUCAUAGUUGGAUUCCCGUUCUCUGGAAUUGUGUUUUAUCUGCUGAUCGUCGCCAGUAGCAAGUUAUUUAGUGACUUCGGGAAGCACGAGUCCUUGUCAUACAGCUUUUAUAACGUCCUCGGCAUGCAUCUCAACGCCCAACAACCUACACCACAUACGACAGUUACGAAGAUUUACAUCGGUUUCCUAUCGGUGUACUGCAUGCUCAUCACCAUAGCCUACUCGACCAACCUGACAGCAUUCCUGACGGUGAAGAAGAUUCCCAGAGGGAUUGAGACCAUAGCUGAACUUCCGCAUUCUGGAAUGCACGUCAUAGGGGUCGACGAUUACUUCCAGAAUAUUCUCAGGUCUUCUCCAGAUGAGAGCUUACACCCCCUAGCCGACACUUAUGAGAUCCAGUACGACGCCAAUAAGCUGUACAGUCGAGUUCAAUCCGGGAGGGCCAUAUUCAUCCAGAAUAGAGGCUUCAUGGAGUACACUCUCAUGCUGAAGUUCACUCACAAGGGGAAGUCCUCUCUUCGAAUCAUGAAGGAGUGUUUCAUCUCCCACCCCGUAGCCUUGGGCGUGCAACAGCACUCUCCUCUGAAGAGGAGAUUUAACCAGAUCAUCGGCCGACUGGUGAACGGAGGACUUAUUACAAAGUUUUUCACCGACACCUUAAGCCUGGUGAAGGCCACACAAGAAAAGGAAACCCAAGAAUCCGGGGACCAACCAGAUGCACAGAACCAAGGCGGAGGAAGUUCUGGAACUGUCGCUUUGACCCUGGAACACAUGCAAGGGCUGUUUCUUAUCGUCGGAAUGGGGCUGGCUUUGUCAGUCAUGCUCUUUGCCAUAGAGAAGUUGAAGGGUAACUCUGAGCUCGGGGGCCAAGCACCAUCUGAUUGACGUCCAAGAGGUAGAAGAAGAGACCGAGUUAUUGGUAAAACUUGACUUGCGUUUGUUCGUAAUUUUUUGGCUCUUAUGAUGCGUCCAGUCGAGAUCCAGAGAAAGCGCAAACACCCAUCUGGUCUUGUUGUUAAACUUUCCUCUGUUUUAGUCU